CUUUUCCACAUAAAAAUCUCACUCUGUCUGACUUAUCGCUUUAGAUUUUCUGCGAUCUGAAUUGUGGAGUCAGCGAUAAGUCAUUUUGUUUGAUUCGAUCCUGAGCGUUGGAUCAAACUGUUAACUUUGGUGGGUUUUUCAGACGGUGGUUCGUUCUGGAUUUUAGAGAAAAUUUUCAGCACAGCUAAGGUGGAAGAUGAUUCAGAGUCUUGGGUUUAAUCAUUUGAGUUCUUUGGAGUCAGAGAAAGCUAGACCGAUUCAGAGCUGCUGGCAGGUGUGUGUAACUAAAGAAAUAUUAAAGCUGAUUGACUGGUAGCUGAGAGAAGAGAAGUAAAUAUAUAUAUACAUAUGUAAAUGUAUAAAAGAAAAACAAAGCUUUUGUCUUCAGAAUUUUUCAUCAAAAUUCGACGAUAACUGCUCUAGAUUUUCCCUCUUUUGUCCCGUAGUUUGAUGUUAAAGAAAACCCUAAGAAAAAUUUUCAAUUUUCACGACUAUGGUGGACUUGGAAAAUUCCUCUACAGCUUCAGGUGAAGCUAGUGUUUUUUCUUCUGGUAACCAAAGCCAGAAGGAAACUUCUAUUACCAAUUCUAAAUCCAACUCCAACUCCAAGAAGAAGCGAAACCUCCCUGGAAUGCCAGAUCCAGAUGCAGAGGUUAUCGCGCUGUCGCCGAAAACCCUUUUGGCGACGAAUCGAUUCGUGUGUGAAAUUUGUAGCAAAGGGUUUCAGAGAGACCAGAAUCUGCAGCUUCAUCGACGGGGCCAUAACCUUCCGUGGAAACUAAGGCAGAGACCCACUAAAGAAGUGAAGAAGAGGGUUUAUGUGUGUCCUGAAGUGACAUGUGUCCAUCACGAUCCAGCUAGAGCUUUGGGUGAUCUUACGGGAAUCAAGAAGCACUUUUGCCGGAAGCACUGUGAGAAGAAGUGGAAAUGUGAUAAGUGUGCUAAGAAAUACGCCGUGCAGUCUGAUUGGAAAGCUCACGCCAAAGUUUGUGGCACAAGAGAGUACAAAUGCGAUUGUGGGACUUUGUUUUCAAGGAGGGAUAGCUUUAUUACCCACAGGGCGUUCUGCGAUGCUUUGGCAGAGGAGGCCAGAGCUCAGCCUCACCCACAAAAUCAGAGUAAGGCAGCAAUUAAUUCAAAAUCAGAAUCGGAGCUUAAUGUUCAGGCUGUUGAUUCUUCUACAUCAGCAGCGGAGGCACAAGAACUAGCAACUCCGGCCCCACCUCCGGUUCAUUCAACUUGUGCUACAACCUCCUUAGUUUUGCCGAGUAAGAGUUCAGAGUUAGUAGAAAACCCCACUCAAAGUGUUGAUGAGACACCUGGAACAGGGGGUCUAAAUGGAAGCUGUAGCAGCAGCAGCAGCUCUAGCAGUGUUGGAACUACCAGCAGCAAUGUGUUUGCAAGCUUAUUUGCUUCUUCAACUGCUUCAGGAAGCCUACAGCCUCCUCAAACUCAUUCAUUUAGCAACCUACUUAGAGUCACCGCGUGUCCAGAACGUCCAGCUGACCUGACUCUAUCACCAAAUGACCCAAUUUCACUGUGCCUCUCGACCACCCAUGGAUCUUCAAUGUUUGGAAAUGCAGGACAAGAGUGGAGGCAAUGCACACCAGCAUCACAGCCUGCUCUGUCAGCCACUGCCCUGCUUCAAAAAGCUGCACAAAUGGGCGCAACAACUAGUAAUACUUCAUUGCUUCGUGGUUUAGGAAUUGUUUCAUCAUCUUCUCAGCGGGACAAUAUGCAAUGGGUUCAGGGGCUUGGAGAUGCUGAGAAUGCAUCUAUUGCAGCAGGGCUUGGACUGGGGCUGCCUAGUGAUGGAGGUUCUGGAUUGAAGGAGUUAAUGAUGGGAACACCUUCCGGGUUUGGUCCUAAGCAGCCUACUCUUGAUUUCCUUGGAUUGGGGAUGGCAGCUGGUCGAUCAUCUCCCAAUAGUGCUAUAUCAUCUCUAAUUCCAUCAAUUAGUGGUGCUGUGGAUUUGGCACCUGCUGCAUCAUCAUCUUAUGCAGGAGGAGAAUAUCCUAGCAAAGAUGUGGGAAGUAGUAGAUGAUAAAUAUACUACUGGAUCAAAAUGAAAAAGUAAUGCCUAUCUCAAUUGCAAACAGAGAGCUUGUGUAAAUUGUGUAGGGUUACUACUGGGGGAUGCAGAGAAAAAACGAUGGAAAGAACCGCCUUGACAGCAAGGCAUGAACAUCAGUUGGGUCUUUUUUUCUUGUUCUGCUGACUCUUACGCCAUGGAAAAUAGGCAGGAUUAUUAUGGGUGUGCUUAGACUUAUUUGGAAAAGCUAAAAGUCUGCAAACCCCCCAAAGUAAAAACCAUUAUACUUGUACUGUGAUACAAGAUUAAUAGAGAUUUUGAUCAAGCAGUAGGUCUUGAGCGAAGCCAAUUGAUUUGAAUGAAUCCGAUGUGUUAGAUUUUAUCAGUCUGAAAAAUCAUGCUGUUGUUUGUGUAGCUCUAGCAUUAAUGAAUAUGUAAUCGAAUUUGUAGUUGUGCAGAUUAAGGUUGUGGCUGUUCGAUCUUGUAUCUGUUAUUAAAUUUGUAAUCUUUUUCAACCGAAUGAGAUGUGUUAUAAUUGGCUUCUUCA